AUGUUACCCCGUACAUUCUUUCUGUUCGAAUUAUUGUUCCACCUUCUGGCUGGUCAGCCUACUCAGGUGGGAUACCAGGUCGGAACUGGAAUAGCAGACAUUACUGGCCCAAUUGUACAGAUUAUGAUGAUGGGUUAUGCCAAACAUGGACAGACAGGCCAAGGUCUGGCCCAACGUCUGUACUCCAGAGCAUACACCGUUCUAGAUCCAGUCUCGGGCAAUCGAAUCACCAUCGUCAACACCGACACUCAGUCCAUGGGCGAUAUCGUCAAACAAAGAGUCGUCUCGAGUCUGCAGGAAAUCUACGGCGAAGAUGUCUAUACCGAAAAGAACAUCAUGCUAGCCAGUACACAUUCCCACAGUGGUAUGGGUGGAUUCCUGCAAUACACUCUGUAUGAGAUCUCGGUACUUGGUUGGAUAGAAGAAACAGUACAGCCAAUGGUCCAAGGCAUAGUAAAAUCAAUUCAGAUAGCUCACGACAACCUUCAGGAAGGCAAUGUUGUUUACAAUCUUGGCGAACUCUUGGACACAAACAUCAACAGAUCUCCUAGUGCAUACCUACUAAAUCCAGAAGAAGAGCGAGCAAGAUAUAAACACAAUGUAGAUAAAGACAUGAGUCUACUUGGCUUUAGAGCAAGAGAUGGUCAACCACUUGGUCUCAUCACCUGGUUUCCAGUUCAUGGUGUGUCAAUCAAUAACACAAACCGGCUUAUCAACGGUGACAACAAGGGAUUUGCGGCCUAUGCAGCAGAACGCACAAUGAAUCCUGACAGUCUACCUGGUAAAGGUCCGUUUGUUGCUGCCUUUACACAAUCCAAUGGUGCCGAUGUCAGUCCAAAUACCCUCGGUGCCUUUUGUACCGAGACUGAUAUCCCAUGCGACGGGUCGCGUGAUUCAAUCUGUCCUGGAUCCUCCAAAUGCAUUGGACGAGGACCAGGCUGGAAGAUUGGGCAUUUCGAGUCUAAUCGUAUCAUUGGACAAAACCAGGCCACCAGAGCAUUAGAAUUGUUUGGUCAAAAAAGAAAGGGAAAAGCAAUUCCCGCUUCCGUAUCCGCAUCCGCAUCUACAUCCGCAUCCGUACCUGUUCCUAUAUCCGUACAAGGCAAGGUUGAUUUCCGCCAGAAAUAUUGGGAUAUUACAAAAGAAGUGGUCAUCACAGCCAAUGGAACAAAAGGCUUGCUGUGCGAUCCAGCCAUGGCUGCAGGAACAACGGAUGGACCUGCUAUUGAUGGAUUCUAUCAGAACACUACUCAAGGAACCUUCUUUUGGGAUAUAGCCAAAGAUCUCGUAAAGAAACCGACCCAGAGACAAAAGGAAUGCCAGGCACCAAAGGCAAUCCUACUCAACACAGGAGAAAUCAAGUAUCCAUUUGAUUGGCAACCAAAGAUCCUUGACGUCCAGCUCUUGCGGAUGGGUAAUGUGUACAUCAUUGGCGUACCAUCAGAAUUUUCUACCAUGAGUGGCAGGCGUUUGAGACGCUCGGUCAGGCAGAAUCUGAUUGCCCAGGGUCUAGGCAACAAUGACACGGUCGUACUACACACAGGCCCUGCAAAUGGAUAUGCGUCCUAUUGUACCACUUUUGAAGAGUAUCAAAUGCAACGUUAUGAAGGCGGCUCAACACCUUAUGGUCCUUACACUCUAGAUGCUUAUAUUAAAGUAUUUGGAGAACUCGUUAGUUCGAUGGCUUCUGGAAAGCCUAUACUAGACUCAGAACAAUUGCCCAACUAUGUCAAUGCGUCGUAUGAUUUCUCACCACGACAAGGCGCAGAUCGGCCCAAGCUAUUUCACCAAUUUGGAGAUGUCGUGCGAAACGUAGCACCUGUCUAUAGACGGCGCAAGGCACUAACAAUCACGGCUAGUUUUGUGGCCGGAAAUCCGAGAAAUGACGGCAUGCUCGACAAGACCUAUCUGACAGUUGAAUAUAGACAACCUUCUUCUGGAGAUUGGAAAAUAAUAAAGACCGACGAUGAUUAUGAUACAAGAUUCAUCUGGAGAUACACUAUGCCUAUCCUUGGACAAUCAGAAGCUACUGUGGAAUGGGACUGCGGAGAAGACACGCCAGCCGGCUUUUAUCGCCUGGGAUACUUUGGCCAUCACCGCACGCCCUAUACAAAGUAA